AUGUUCCGUCACCGAGCACAACUGUCUAUUCAAGGAGGAUGGAUCUACGCCAAGAUACCAACCAAGAUGCACUGGGCUCCCGGGACGCACGUCUUUGUCCGGUUCGCAAGUAUUCGACCCCUUGAAUCCCAUCCUUUCACAAUUUAUUCAAUACCCUCUUCCGAUGGCCAGGAAACAAAUGAGAUGGUCCUUAUCAUUCGACCUGAGAACGGAUUCACGGACGUACUCGCCAAGGCUGCAGAGAAGAGCGACCCGCAAGACAAAUUCUUGGUGAUUCUGGAUGGGCCUUAUGGGGAAGUUGGAUUCAACGCGCUCAGAUCAUACGAACACGUACUUCUCUUAGCUGCUGGAACGGGGAUCACUUUUGUCGCUCCAAUCUUAUUUGAUAUCAUCCUUGCAAUGAAGAAGAAGGAAGGCCCUUGUCUGGACGUCGAACUUACUUGGGUUGUAAAGCACACUGAUGAUAUCAAACGGUUUGAAUCUGAAUUUUUAGAGGCGAAGGCCGCCGCAGAACAGGCUGGAGGCAAGGCAACGAUCAGCGUCCACAACAUCGUAUUCCGCAAUGGUAGACCGGAUAUCCCGACUAUCGUUUCUAGCAAAGGCAAUACUUGGACUGGUCGCUUUGUGGACCUUUGUCCUUUAUCACUGACACGUCCAAUGCUGUGGCUGGCGUUCAAUUGGAGAUCCUACGAGGACGAGCGAGCUGUGCAGAAAUGUACCUUCGCUCUGAAGGAUUUGGAUGGUAAAGCACUAUCCAAACACCUUUACAGACUCGCAAUUAAGACGUAG